AUGACGCAGCAUUGCCGGAAAAGCCAUGUCGCAAGCAAAAAAAAGAUGCGUCAGUACAAUGCAGAAUAUAUUAAAUAUGGAUUCAUAGAAAAUUCUAUAAACCCAUGUAUGCCUUUAUGCCUUCUGUGUUCAAAAACAUUUUCAAAUGAAGCAAUGAAGCCCUCAAGACUUCAAGAUCAUUUGAAUAGAAUGCAUCCGGAUAAGAAGGAUAAAAAUGUUGACUACUUUCGAAAUCUGGAAAAGAUGUAUAUUGCUCAGCCUAGUGUGUCAAAACUUUUUUCUGUCGCUGCUAAGCAGGACGAUGACGGACUUCGAGCGUCAUACAAUAUCUCUCGGUUAAUUGCCCAAACAGGUAAACCACACACUAUUGGAGAAUCAUUAAUUUUGCCAGCAGUAAAAGAAGUUAUAACUACUGUGCUACAUAAACCAGCAGCAGAUAUAAUUCGUAAAAUUCCUUUGAGUAAUAGUUCUGUGCAAAGACGAAUUGAUGAAAUGGCUGAAAAUAUUGAAGAAUUAUUAUGCAAUCAUUUGAAGUCUUGUAAAUUUUCACUCCAAUUGGAUGAGUCUACUUUACCAAAUAAUGAAGCAUUGUUGUUGACUUACGUGAGGUUCAUUAAAGAUGAAGAAGUAUGCCAAGAACUUCUAUUUGUUAGAAAUUUAGAGACAGAUACAAAAGGAGAAACCAUAUUCAAAACAUUGGAGAAGUUUUUUGAUGAGAAAGAUAUUCCAUUGAAGAAUAUUAUAUCAGUUGCUACUGAUGGUGCUGCAGCUAUGAGGGGUUGUCAAAAAGGAUUCAUAGCCUACCUAAAAAAUAAAAUUCCCAAUGUUCUUGCUGUGCAUUGCGUGAUACAUCGACAGCAUCUAGUUGCCAAAAACUUAAGUGAACGAUUGCAUCAAGCAUUGCAACAUGUCAUCAGAGCUAUUAAUAAAAUCCGACACAACUCUUUAAAUGAGAGAUUGUUUAAUCAGCUGUGUACCGCUAAUGAUGAAGAAUUCAACAGAUUGUUAUUUCACACAGAUGUGCGUUGGCUAUCAAAAGGAAAUUGUCUGACCCGUUUUUACAAUCUGUUUGACUCCGUUGUAGAGUUUUUAGAAAAUAAGGACACACAGUUGUGUAAAGACCUGAUAUCAUCAAAAAAUGAUAUAGCAUAUCUCACAGACCUUUAUACAUUACUCAACAAUAUGAAUCUACAACUUCAAGGCGAUGGCUUAAAUUUAAUAAAAACAAAAAAUAUCAUCGCUGCUUUUAUAGCAAAACUGUUAUUACAUAAGAAAAAUAUUGGCAGACGGGAGUUUCAUAAUUUUCCAAAUUUAUCGGUAUCGUGCAACGAAGACUUGCUCGUGUACUGCCAACAUUUGGAAAAUCUUCAUGGCAAUUUUAUUGAAAGAUUUCAAGAUAUUUUGAAUUUGGAAAUACCAGGCUGGGUAUUAGACCCUUUUUCAAAUGCAAAUGUAGAAACAUCAGCCCAGCUAGAAGAAGAGCUUAUAGAAUUAACUACAAAUGAAGAAUUAAAAAUCAAAUUUAAAGAUGGUUAUCAACAAUUUUGGCUACAGAAGUCAAUUCAGCACUUAUAUCCUGGCUUGUGGUUGGUUGUUCAAAAAUUUUUACUAGCAUUUCCAUCGUCAUAUUUGUGUGAACGUGGAUUUAGCGCUGUGACAAUGCUACUUACUAAAAACAGAAAUCAGUUGCAAAUUACCAAACGCGGUGACUUACGACUGUUUUUGAGUGAAAUGGAACCUGAUAUUGACAAACUUGUAAAAAACCAUCAAAUUCAUCCUUCUCAUUAG